AUGGGCGGCUGGGCCGCGGCGCUAUGGCGGCUUGGUGGUUGCAGCGGGCACGGCGGCCUCCGCGGCGCUGCGCGGCGGUGGGGCAGCUCCCGCCCCGGCGCUGGGGACCGGGCGGCGAGCCUGAGCGACCUCCUGCAGAGCUCGGUGGAGGCCGAGGAGCCGGGCGCGGCGGCGGCGAGGCGGGAGCGGCGGUGCCCCCGGGAGGGCACGGUGCUGCUCUUCCCCGGGCAGGGCAGCCAGUUCGUGGGGAUGUGCCGCGGGCUGCAACAGUACCCCGCCGUGCGGGACAUGUACCACCUGGCCGAGAAGGUGCUGGGCUACGACCUGCUCUCCCUCUGCCUGGAGGGGCCGCGGGACGCGCUGGACCGCACCCAGCACUGCCAGCCCGCCGUGUUCGUCGCCUCCCUGGCCGCCGUGGAGAAGCUCAACCACCUGCAGCCUGAAGUCGUGGAGCGCUGCGUGGCGGCCGCCGGCUACAGCGUGGGGGAGUUCGCGGCGCUGGUCUUCGCUGGAGCCCUGGACUUCGCCGAAGCGCUGUACGCGGUGAAAGUGCGCGCCGAAGCCAUGCAAAAGGCGUCGGAAGCUGUCCCCAGUGGAAUGCUCUCGGUUGUCGGCCGGCGAGAGGCAAAUUACAAAUUUGCCUGCCUGGAAGCCCGUAAACACUGUGAAUCGCUGGGUAUAGAGAACCCCGUGUGCACAGUUUCAAACUAUUUGUUUCCAGACAGCAGAGUCAUUGCAGGACACUUACAGGCUUUGGAGUUUUUGCAGGAGAAUGCCCGAAAAUAUUAUUUUAAACGUACAAAAAUGCUUCCAGUCAGUGGGGCUUUUCAUACCAGACUUAUGGAACCAGCAAUAGAGCCACUGGCUGAAGUCCUAAAAUCGAUUGAAAUUCAGAAACCGCUGUUCUGUGUGUAUUCCAAUGUUGAUGGCAAAAAGUACAUGCAUUCAAAGCAUAUUCAGAAGCUGCUAGUGAAGCAGGUGGUGUCCCCUGUUCUGUGGGAGCAGACCAUGCACUCAGUGUACGAAAGAAAGCAAGGAACAGAAUUUCCUUACACAUACGAAGUGGGGCCCGGGAAUCAACUAGGAGCCAUUCUCAAACAAUGUAAUUUAAAGGCCUGGAAACAAUAUAAACAUGUAGAUGCUCUGGAAGAUGAGGAAGCAGCGGAGACUUAAAUAACCUUUUGAGAAAAAUCCACACAACUCGGUUUUUUUCUGAUUUGAAACCUUGUGCUCCCAAAAGAGGAAGUCUUAAACAUUCAUGGCUUCUCAUGAUGUAAAGAGCACUAUGUGUGUGAUUGCUAUGAACAUUUUUUUUAAAGUUCUUCAGGUGUGGAAAGGGGAGAACAAAGUUUGGCUCUUCCAUCUGUGUCAGGACUGCAAAGCUGUUGACAAACAGGCCAAGUAGCAUUGUUUGGCCUCAAUCCUGCAAGCAACUUUCCCUCUUGAGUUUUUUUUGUUUGUUUUUUUUGUUUGGUUGUUUUCUGGGGGAGUUUUUGGGUGUGGAUUCAGGUUCCAGUUGGUAGCCUUGGCUGUCUGGUGCAGGCACCUUCUGCAGGAAUGCAGGGGUUGUUGGCUCCAAGUUGUGUAGGGCUGUGCUCUGGGCUGGAGAGUGCAUUUAGAGGAGCCAUUUGUUGGGACAGCUUUCAGCAUGUUGAUGUUCUGUUUUCAUACUCAACUGACUUGUGGGGUGUUCAUCUAUGUAAAGUUCUCUUACUUUGUGUCCACAUUUCAGGUGGCUACAUUCAGGUAGCAUCUGAGUGAGGCAGAUGAUGUUACAAGAAAAAAUUAUUUUCUUAAGGUUAAACUACAAAUAAACUAUGAAGCUUUUCUUGCCAUUUUUAAUGCUUUGGGGUGCAUCAUUAUUGGCUCUGUCCACAUGUGGAUGGAAGUAACUUUCCUUCCACUUGUCCGAUGCCACAUUGGUUGUGCUGAGUUACACAAGAAAUGUUCAUUGGGGAAAAAAAGUUUAAUAAAAAUAUUAUGUACAUUUCCUGGCAGCAGGAAAUGAUGAGCUGGAGAGCAGCAGGUUGUCCCAAACCCUCCAGUAAAGAGAUUCCCAUUUCCCAGUUUGUAUUUUUUAUUUCGGUAUUUUAGUGCUGCAUUUAACAGAUAUAUAGAAAAAAAUUAGGAUAUAUUACUUAAAUCAAAUGACUGACAGUAUCUUCAAUAAUGUAUUAUGGAAAUGCAGGAGAACUUCCAAUUACAGUACCAAUCAUUCUGCAAUUUCACAUUUAUGACAGGGAGAGUGAAUUAGAAACACUGUCCCUUAUUCUCAUUGCUAAGUGGGCUGUAUUAUUAAACAGUUCUUUUGUGGACUGCAGCUGGCAGCUGUGCCUGCCCUUACAGUACAAAUUCCACUUUUAGCAUGUGUAAACAUUAACAAUUAGUAAAAUACUGAAGAGUUUUUCAGCUUCACCAUUCGACUGCUAGAGGCUGAUGAUUAAGGGUUGGAAUAACUGUAAAGAAAAUUAUUUCAGUGAAGGUUCCUAUGUUACAGGUAAGGUGUUAAUGAUUCACAAAUGCAUACUGAAGUCUUCAGUUAGAAUUAUUGGUUAGAAUAUUGAAACUAAAUCCUAUUUAUAUAAUUAAACACUGGAUUGUCCUGUGUUAGAAGUUUCUGACCACACCUUGUAAGACCAAAUGCAACAUUUAUGACUUUCAAACCAGCUUUUAUGAUAGUUGAAACUGAGCAUGGUAUGUUGGUGGCACUAAUUUUAGUGCUUUAAAAUUUCUGGACUUUAAUUAUUUAACCUUUCUGAGGAAAUGUUGGAGACCUGUUUUCUAUUUGUAGUGUUCUUGCCAUAAUUUUUUUCCUUCUUUUGCCCCCUCCUCAUUUCACUUUGUUGUACACUUUGCUUGGAAUUAAAGCUCUUUGGGAAAUCCAUGCUAGAAAUCUCGUUUGCAAACCAUUAGAUAACGUUUGCACUCUUGUCAGCUGCAGAAUGCUGAAGGGAAAUCUGUAUCCUAAGAGCAUUGCAAUCUUCUGGGUCUUGUUUAAUUAGUGGGGAAAAGGACCCAUCAGCACUGUCAGGUGUUUGCUUUUCUUCUGUGCAGUGGUUGAGCUGAAGCUGCUCCUCAGUGAACUUUGUGUCUCCAAAACCAGAAGCCAGACGGAAUCAUGCUUUUGUGCUGAUGUUGCAAUUUCUAGGAGCAGAGAAAGUGUGAUGGAUGUCUUUGUACCUCUGUAUGGGGAGUGUUCAGGGCUUGGUUUCGUGUGGUGCCCAUCAGCACAGCCUCACCUUGUGUGUGCUGUGCAGAGAGUGCCCAAGUAAUUACAAAUCCUGGAUCUCAGAGCAUUUCUUUAAUGUGUUUCCUCCUCUAUCCCCUGUCUUCUGGAAACUGAAUGUUUGAGAGGUGAGAAACCAGCUCUCUGGUGGCUCCUUCACCUAUGAACAAGCAGAAACAGGAUGUGGAAAAUCAAGUGCUGUAAAUGCUGUCACAUGAGGAAGUGGGCAGUGAAAAA